AUGUUAGAAAAAAAGUUUGCUGACAUUGACAAGAAAUUUGAGAAUGUUUUGAAGAAGAACAAGAAGAAAUUAGAAAAUGCUCAGAUAAAGCCUAUACAUGACAAGUUCUUAUUUGCUCAGAAUGGUAUAACAGGUCUAAUUGCACCACCUGGGUCGGGUAAGACUUUCACUUAUCUUAAAAUGGCUGCACAACAACAAGAACUAGAUGAGAAGAACCCAUUCUAUGAGUUAGUUGUCAUUUGUAGUACUUCUGGUCAAUUUGACCAAACCGUCAAUUCGUUCAAAGAUAUUAUAAAGAAGUCUAAGUUAGUAUGUAUAAAAGACUCUGAGUUGUUAGAUUGGAUAAAGAAGUACCAAAGAAGAGUUUUGAAGUAUAAUGCUAUAAAUGAGUAUAUAAAUUCUAAGUUUAAAGACCCUAAUGAGGAAAUGCAGAGAAUAUUAGAGAAGAAACACUUCAGAAACAAACAGAAAGAGAUAGAAUACAUUUCGAAGAAAUUGCAAUCUUACGAUUGGAAGACUUACCCUCACAGAUGUCUUCUUAUCUUAGAUGACUUUGCUUCUCAUCCUUUGUUAAAGAAUAGAGAACAAGAUAU